CGUGUGUGCGUGUGCGUGUGAGACCGCAGUGGGUGUGUGUGUGCGUGUGAGACCGCAGUGUGUGUGUGUGUGUGCAUGCGGGUGAGUCUGCGGCUGGACCAGGCUGCCGCUGGGGGUCGUUAAAUCUGUGAAAUAGGAAAUGCCUUUCUCCCCAGGACAGGGGGUUAAUUGAAUUAAUUGCCAGCGAGGCUGUAAAAGUGCUGAUGGGGGAUUAACGGCGCGUUAUGGCUGCUGUUUAUCUUCCCCAUGGAAAUUAGCUGCAGCACCUUGCCUCAGCUGGUGGCAGACGUGAGCGGGAGGCUGCGGCGGGCGCAGCUGGGCCGGGUGGCAGGGCCGGGGCUCGCAGCUGGGAGCGGGGAGCUGCUGGCUAUGCUCCAGCCGCGUCCCCUCCCCGGUGGGCAGGCAGGCAGCCCCGUCGGUGCCUGGCAGGGCAGCGGGCAGCAGGCUCAGCACAGGCUACCCCGGCCGGUUCGGGAGCAGCACGGCAGGCUCUGAGGAGAGCUCGCCUGCAGGGCCGGAUGCCCGGCUCACCCAGCUCCCCACCCGCCCGCCUGCCCAGGCUGCUGCAGCCACGCCCAUUCCAGAGGGAAGAGAAAUCCCAGUGCGCUGGGCGUCCCUGUGGGGCUUGGGCAUGUCCCCCGGCUGCCCCUGCUGGGCCUGGCUGCGGGAGCCGCCCCCUCGGCCCGAACUGGAGCAGGGUCCUUGGGCCACAGGACUCAUCUGGCCUCGCCUCUGCCCCUGACGGGCCGACCCCUCGGGCCGGGCCGCUGUUGGCUCAGACUUAGCCUGGGAGUUGAGUGUUCCCACCACGCACAGACUGUUCUGGGGGCCGGGGCUCCGGGGGGUAUCAGCAUGGAUAACAGGCUUGCCCUUCCCAGAGAGAUGCUGCCCCCCGCCAAGGCACCCUGCCCCACCCUGGCUCUCUCUGCACCCUCCUGCGGUCCAGAAUCUAGGCCCCCGUCAGCUGUGUGCGCAGCCCCCAGGCCUCUCUGAGCCCCAUGGGACUGCACGUGAUUUGGGAAAACGGGGGUCUGGGGACGCCGGAUCCGGAAAACGCAGGAUCGGGGGAUUGUGCGAGGAGACACUUAAUUACUGCCCUGCACUCCAUGUGCCCAGCAGAGCGCCACAGUGGCCAACCCCAUGCCAGGGGCCUCUUCGGACCUGCUGCCCCACUUCCUGCUGGAGCCCCAGGAUGUCUACAUCGUCAAGAACAAGCCCGUGAGCCUGGCCUGCAGGGCGACGCCCGCCACCCAGAUCUACUUCAAGUGCAACGGGGAGUGGGUGCACCAGGGCGAGCACGUCACGCAGCGCAGCACGGACCAGGGCACUGGGCUGCCCCUCAUGGACGUCCGGAUCGAUAUCUCCCGGCAGCAGGUGGAGCGGAUCUUUGGGCUGGAGGAGUACUGGUGCCAGUGCGUCGCCUGGAGCUCCUCGGGGACCACCAAGAGCCAGAAGGCCUAUGUGCGCAUUGCCUACCUGAGGAAGAACUUUGAGGAGGAGCCGACGGGCAGGGAGGUCUCCAUCGAGCAGGAGAUCGUGCUGGCGUGUCGCCCCCCGGAGGGGAUCCCGCCGGCCGAGGUGGAGUGGCUGCGUAAUGAGGAGCUGGUGGACCCGGCGCUGGAUGCCAGUGUGUACGUGACGCCGGAGCACAGCCUGGUGGUGCCGCGGGCGCGCCUGGCCGAUACGGCCAACUAUACCUGCGUGGCCAAGAACAUGGUGGCCCGUCGCCGCAGCUCCUCCGCCGCCGUCACCGUGUACGUGAACGGCGGCUGGUCGACUUGGACAGACUGGUCGGCCUGCAGCACCAGCUGUGGACGGGGCUGGCAGAAGCGGAGCCGGAGCUGCACCAACCCAGCGCCCCUCAAUGGGGGAACAUUCUGUGAGGGCCAGAACGUGCAGAAAAACGCCUGCACCACCCUGUGCCCAGUGGACGGCGGCUGGUCAGGCUGGAGCCGGUGGUCGCUGUGCGCUCUGGACUGCACGCACUGGCGGAGCCGCGAGUGUUCAGAGCCAGCGCCUCGCAACGGGGGCCAGGACUGCCAAGGAGCCGAGCUGGAGACCCGCAACUGCACCACCGAGCUCUGCAGCCAGGCCGCCUCUGGCCCCGAGGACGUGGCACUGUACGUGGGGCUCAUGGCCGUGGCCGUCUGCCUGGUGCUGCUGCUGCUCGUGGUGGUCCUGGUGUGCUGCCGCAAGAAGGGGGGCCUGGACCCCGAUGUGGCCGACUCGUCCAUCCUCACCGCCGGCUUCCAGCCCGUCAGCAGCAAGCCAGCCAAGGCAGGGACGUCCCACCUGCUCACCAUCCAGCCCGACCUCAGCACCACCACCAUGACCUACCAGGGCUCCCUGUGCUCACGCCAGGACGGGCACAGCAAGUUCCAGCUCAGCAACGGGCACCUGCUGAGCCCCCUGGGCGCCGGGCGCCACACCCUGCACCACAGCUCGCCCGCCGCCGAGGGCGUGGAUUUUGUCUCGCGCUUCGCCGCCCAGAGCUGCUUCCGCUCCCUGCCCCGGGGCGCUGCCAACAUGGCCUACGGCACCUUCAAUUUCCUGGGGGGGCGGCUCCUGAUCCCCAACACAGGGAUCAGCCUGCUCAUCCCGCCCGACGCCAUCCCGCGGGGGAAGAUCUACGAGGUCUACCUGACGCUGCACAAGCAGGAGGAUGUGAGGUUGCCCCUCGCCGGCUGCCAGACCCUGCUGAGCCCCAUCGUCAGCUGUGGGCCGCCGGGGGUGCUGCUCACGCGUCCCGCCAUCCUGGCCCUGGGGCACUGCGUGGAGGCCAACGCCGCCGACUGGAGCAUCCGCCUGAAGAAGCAGUCGUGUGAGGGCACCUGGGAGGACGUGCUGCAGGUCGGGGAGGAGGCGGCCUCGGGGCUCUAUUACUGCCAGCUGGAGGCCCAGGCCGCCUACGUCUUCACGGAGCAGCUGGGGCGCUUCGCCCUGGUGGGGGAGUCGCUCAGCAUGGCGGCCGCCAAGCGCCUCAAGCUCCUGCUCUUCGCGCCGGCCUCCUGCAGCUCCCUGGAGUACAGCGUCCGCGUGUACUGCCUCCGCGACACCCCGGACGUGCUCCAGGAGGUGAUGCAGCUGGAGAAGCAGCUGGGGGGGCAGCUGAUCGGAGCCCCCCGCGUCCUGCACUUCAAGGACAGUUACCACAACCUGCGCCUCUCCAUCCACGACAUGCCCAGCUCGCUGUGGAAGAGCAAACUCCUCGCCAGCUACCAGGAGAUCCCCUUCUACCACCUGUGGAGCGGGCUGCAGCCCUCCCUGCACUGCACCUUCACGCUGGAGCGCCUCAGCCCCAGCACCUGCCAGCUGGCCUGCAAGAUCUGGGUCUGGCAGGUGGAGGGCGACGGGCAGAGCUUCAACAUCAACUUCAACAUCGCCAAGGACACGAGCUUCUCGGACUGGCUGGUGCCCGAGAGCGAGGCCGGCUGCCCGGCCCUGGUGGGCCCCAGUGCCUUCAAGAUCCCCUUCCUCAUCCGCCAGAAGAUCAUCAGCAGCCUGGACACGCCCUGCGCCCGCGGGGCUGACUGGAGAACGCUGGCCCAGAAACUCCGCCUGGACAGCCAUCUCGGCUUCUUCGCCUCGCAGGCCAGCCCGACCGCCAUGAUCCUGAACCUGUGGGAGGUGCGACACUUCCCCAGCGGGAACCUGGCACAGCUGGCCGCCGCCGUGGCCGAGGUGGGCAGACAGGACAGUGCCCUCUUCGCCGUCUCGGAGGCCGAGUGCUGAGGGGCCAGCGCGGGGCGGGGCGGGGCCCUGCAGAGGGGGGAGCACGGGCCCCGGGGCAGCCGCGUGGGUGCCACUGCCCCAGAGGUGCCAGCGCCUGCCCCUGCUGCCUGCGCAGGGGGCAGGGAGCUGGCUGGGUGGGCAGGGGCUCCCCAGUGCUGGCACUGCCUGAGUGCGGGGGGCUGUGCCCCUUGCUAGGACUCACCUGACCCCCCGCAUGCCAAGGGGCUGUGGGCCAGUCCCCCCUUGGGGGUGUCUUGGAGCCAAAGAACAGGCCAGGGCGGGGGCUGCAGGCGGGGGCUCUGGGGGGCGCUGGGCUGGGCCGCCUGGCUCCACCCAGCCCAUCCGGGCGCUGUGUGUGCGUCGUGCGUGCUGUAACCGUGUGGGGCCGGGCGGUGCCAGGCCCUGUCCCAUGUUGUGUAAAGACCGGUUUUUAAUUCUGUAUUCAAGUGCAUUCGCGUAUUUACACUUGGCCUUAUGUACAUAGCAGGCACCGCGGGGGGGCUAGCGGCACCGUG